ACAGCUCUUGGUAAGGAUAAGAGCUGGGACACAGAGCAAGCACGAGCCUGCUGGGCCCUGGGAGCAGGGCGAGAGGCCCGGGUGGGCGGGCAGCCCCAUGACCUCCCUGGGCUCCCAGCCCUGCAGGGCAGCUUUCCUGGCUGCCACCCUGCUGCUGCUGCUGUGGGUGAAGCUGGUGAGGUCUCAGCAGGGCAGCCCAGGCCCAGUGCAGAGGAGCCUGGUAGAGAAGACGCCCCCUGCAGAGCAGGGCCAGGAGCAGUAUGAGGAACACUUCAUGGCCUCCUCACUGGGGGAGAGGUGGCAACAGGACAUGACCCGAUCACAAGAGGACUUCACGUCGGAGAAAGCCGCUGUCCAAGGCCACCUCUUCGAACUCACUCUCUGCUUUAACCUGGCCAGCUUCAUGGUUUUUUUUAUGAGGGACAUUGAAGCCGAGGCUGUGCCCUGGCUCCUAGAAGAGGAAGACCUGAUCUUUUACUUUUGCUUCCUGAUCACGUCCUGACCUCCCCUUUCCAAGGGGCUCCAGGCCACAGCUCCCCACCAGGAUGCCCAGGCCGCUGCCUGCACACUGUUUCCUGUUCCUGUCAGUAGCUCCUGGCCUUAGAGUGCAGCCUCAGAGGCUUCACUGCUUCAGCCUCUGCCUGAUGCCACCUAAGCCCAAAGCUUUGGGUUCCAGGUCCAGAGACGGCAGACCCAAUCCCUCUCCUUCCUGUACCUCCCUGGGUUUGACCAAGAGCAGUU